UUGGCAGCCGAAGGCGUAGCAGCACAACAACGGCUGACGAAAACCGAUAGAACGACGACGAAGAUACCAGUCAGCAACGGAGUCGUUAUUCGUUCUGAACGGAGGAGACAGACAGCGGGAUGCCAUUACAGCACGUCAGAAAAGGGUCCACGAGAACGACACCACCAGUGGGAGCUUAAAGUCGGAAAUCGGAACAUAUCCUCACUCGGAGGAAAAGAAGAACAAUUAGUUGAUGAAGCCAUAAAGUACCAACUCGACAUUGUUGGAUUCUCGUCAACGAAACGCCUAGGCUCUGGACUGCUGAACCUCAAUGGACGGAAGCUGUUCUACUCAGGCGUCGAUUUCACGCGCGGCCCGGCCGGUGUUCUGGUAGAACUCAACGUCGCACACAGAAUCAAUGACUGGAAGCCCCUCAGCGGAAGGAUGGCAAUCCUCCGACCAAAGCUACAAGAAGCUGAGGCGAUGACCUAG